AUAAUGAUGAACUUCAACUAUAAUUGUGCAACGGAUAUGUCAGAUUCGGACACAAGUGAUUCAAGUGUUCUAAGUCCUACUUACCAGAUUGUUACUGAUUCACCAACAGAAGUUGAAUAUUAUCCAAUGCUAUAUGAAAGCGAAUCAAAUAAAACUAGUGCGGAUAAUAAUCGAGUAAAUUUAGAAUCACCAGUUAAUGAAAGUGGAUAUAAUUCUUAUUGCAAUCAGAGUCAACUGUCAACCGGUGAAGCAUACCAGACAGCACAAACGGCCUAUAGAGGUAAUUCAUUGCAGAAUGAACCGGAAAAGCAAUUUUGUGGAAAUAAUACGUGUCAAAUGGGCUAUAUAUCAAGAGGUUAUUCAAACAAUACUGCGAACGGAGUAGAAUAUACGAACAAUGCAAGCGAUGCAGCUUCAACUAUCGCAUCUAUAAUAAAUAAAGAAAAUAUACCCAAUUAUAAUUCGUUGUCUGAAAUUCUAGCUACAGCCAUACGCCACAAUUACACUCCGCAAGUUUGCAACACAUAUACUCCAAAUCCAUAUUACCAGCACAAUGUAACGUCAACUCCGGACACAAAAAUUAAGAAUGCUGAACAGCAGUAUCUUGAAAGAAAUCACCAUGCUCUUUGGAGUAACCAAGCUAAUAAUCAAUACAAUCAGCGUAGCAGCGACGGGUCACAAACAGCAUUUAUCAGUGGCACAGAAAAUGAAGGUGAUUCUUCUUUUCCAUCUGCUUCAACGUCACUGAAUCGUUUUACAGAUAGCCAUUUAAAUGAAAGGGAAUAUAAAAUGGAAUUUGUCCAGAGAAUGAUAGAUUUACAGCAUCAAACAAAUCAUAAUACAGAAAGUAGUCACAAAAUUUCUAAUCACAUUGUGGAGAACAGAACUACACCAAUACAGAAUAUCACUUCCUCCUCGGAAAUUGACAAUUCCGAAUCAUUUAAUAGUCCAUGGCAUCGAGUGGAAAGGUUUUACGGAGGGAGCAGUAGUGGGAAAUCAGACGAAGUGUAUCCCUCAGACAUUAAAUCCAGUGUAGAUAUAAAUAUGACACUUAGGAAUCCAACUACCUAUAACGAAAGUUAUGGAACACUCAGCAAUUCAAAAACCCAAACGGUUGCCUGUGCGAAUGUUUCAAUCCAGUGUGAGACGAACUCAAGUACAUCUCUAAAUAUAAAUGUUUUGCAUACAGAUCGCAAUACAGAGGAAAAUGUACCUACAUUCCAUUCUAUUGCUCAGUCAUCUGGUGAUUAUUCAAAUACAGAUGAGAUCUCCAAUCCAGAUUUAAUAAAUGCGUCCACUUCUAGUGAUUUUCAAGCACCUUUAGCAAAAUGCAGUAACCGAACGCAUCAAAACGAAGGUAACUACGAUUAUGGCAGUGCUUCUUGGCAGCAACAAAAUAUUUUUCCUCAAGGCUCAGGUAUACGUAUAUCUAAAAUACACAUUAAGCUUGAGGAUGCUAGAACAUCGGACACAAAUGUAAAUGCCUCAGCAUCAACCUCUUUUGACAUGCCGACACUUCAACGGGGAUGUAACGAAUGUACUAUUCGAGAAAAUGAUUUCACACAGGAAGUGAGUUCCAGCAUUUCGUCUUCCAUGAUACGGGGUCGACCACCAAAGCGUAUUUCACGAAGGAGAUCAAGAAGAUUUUCUUGCUGCAGUUUUCUGAACCGAAACCGACCGCUGAAUUCAACUGCCGUGGAUAUUAUGGAAAACUGGUAUUUGGAUCAUGUGGACGCCCCAUAUCCAUCGACGGCCGAGAAACAAAGGUUGGCUGCUAGUGGAGGCAUAACAGUUAUGCAGGUUAGCUCAUGGUUCGCUAAUCGUCGGACGCGUGCAUCUAAUACCAAACCAAAAAAGAAUCGAGUCAAGUUAUUUGAACAAAUUAAUGAUUUCUCUGCUGAAUUAGAAUGUCUCAGUCAAGGUAGUGUAAAAGCGUCAACCGUCCGAGAGCGAAUUGGUCGAAUCAUUGAUGAAUAUCUAAAAUGAAUAAUUCCCUGUGAAUCAUAAACCAAGUUUAUUAAUAUUUUCCAUUAUUUAACAAUCUUAAAACACAAAACUCUGCACUUGUUUUGUUGUUGUUUGUUUUUAAAUUUUGUUAUUUUGUUGUUUUCUAUUUUUUUUCUCGUUUAUCAAUAUAUCAGUUUAC